AUGACAUUCAAUAUUGAGACUUUGGAAGACAAUUGUAGGGAUGUAGACCCUGAUUUAAGGUAUAUGGCCCUUCAGGACUUCCAAAAGAAUCUCAAUAACCCCAAAAUACAAGUUAAAGGAGUCCUGUCAAUUAUACCGGUACUUUUUAAGUUGCUUUAUGACCCUGCUGCCGAAGUACAAAACCAAGCCAUCAAAGCUUUCGCACCAUUGGUUCGUCAUAUCGAUGACUCCCAAACGGUGAAAGUGAUUCAGCAAUUGUACACGGAGUCUGAAUCAUCAAAAGAUAUUUCGCGCUUCGCUACUUCUGUACCUAAUCUAGCUCUCCGUUCUUUGUUUCAGAACUCGCAUGCGAGAUUCGGGAAGCAAUUGUCGAGGGUUAUCAUGGACAAUCUCCUUCCUCAAAUUCUUCAAGGAAACAUGACUUUGAGCCGUAUUGAAAUUCUCAUUGAUUUGCUACAAUCUUUGGGUGGUGUUCUUGUUCUCGAAGAAAUUUGCGCCGUUCGAAAUGCAUUAUUGGUAUGUGCGUUUACAGAAACGGGUAUUGUAAGCAAAAGAUCAAUUGUGGCAAUCGGGGUGCUUCUAGGACACAUUAAGUCUGCUUGCUCGGAUCAAACUCGAUUGCAAAGGCAGUUUUAUGAUGGACUAUUCUCAGAGACAAUAGCUCUAUAUGAGAACGAGAAUUGUUCUCGUGUUGCGAAGAGGGCUUUGUUUAGUAUCUUUCUGACUGUUCUCAACCAUAUCAGCAAACUCAAAAUGCAAAUCAUGUCGAUUGCAACAGCGGAGAUGAUCGCAUCCGUGAUGAUCGAGAAUCUCUGCCUAUCAACGUUGAACAAGGAGCAAGUGGAAGAUUUGGACUUAGAUCAAAUGGUCAGUGAAAACGUUCUCCGGAGUGAUGUUUUGGAUUCUUUGGCUCUCUUGAUUCCGUGCAUUUCUUAUGAGGGUAUUCUUGAACCUUUCUUGCCCGACAUUGUUCGCAUCCUUGAGGCCUUCAUCUCGUAUGACCCUUUGGCUGUGCAAAAUCAAGACGACUCAGAUUAUGAUGAUGACUCAGAGAUCGAUUUUUCCGACGAUGAUGAAGUGGAGCAAGACGAGUCUGACGGUGCUGACGGCUUGGCUUCGAAGCUCAGGAUCAGAUCCCUAGUAGCUUUCGGCCAAUUGUGCUACAACAAAUCACUUGUUUUGUCAAGCAUAUUCGAAUCAAACUUGGCUAGUCAAGUGAUCGAAGCAAUUGGUGACAAAUCAUCGGAUGUAUCUAUAGAGGCUUUAAAUUGCGUCAUUCUUUUGCUUCACUUAGUGACUGACACAAACUCCCCAGCAUCUGACGAUUCAAUGCAGCAAUUCGAUUUGACCACUUUUCAUGAUCUUUUUGUGACAAAAUUUGUUCCUCGAAUUGAGGCAAUUCUAUUUGACAAAUUGCUAGUUCCGGAAAACAUAUCAAAUUUCUCACAUAUAGAGGCUUUAGUCGAGCCUCUCAUCCAGAAAAUGUCAAGAAACUUGUCAAAUAAUUUCUUGACUCUUCUUGUUGAUCGGCUUGUCGCUCAAGGUAUGUCCUUGAAAAGCCACCCUGAAUUGAUUGGGCUUUACGAGGUGCUAUUAGAAACGUACCUGCUUGAGCAAAUCCCCCAAGCCCAGAUUCUUGUCAAAGAUUUGGCUGAAUCCUUAGAAGGUCUGAGGGCAUAUUCAAGUUCAAUUUCUAAAUACUUGCAGGUGUGUAAAGUUUUCUACCACAGAAAGCCUUUGUUGGAUUUCCAGUGUCAGUUAGCGAAUGAUUUGUUCUUUCCAGCCAUUAUUAAAAGCGCUAUUUCGCGACAAUUCUCCAGCGAUGUGCGCCAGCAAUUAUUAGUGAAUCUUUCGGACCUUCUAAUCGAGAUACCAAUCUCAUCAGAUAAUCGAGCCUUGGCUGUUCAAACAUUCAGCGAAACCUUGAACUAUGAAGUUACAGUUGGUUACACAAUUGAUUGUCUCAAUGAUAUUUGCGAGCGGAAUCCUGAAGUUUUUGAUUCCUUGCAAUUGUCAAAUCUUAUCAUCGAAAAGCUUUCGACGUAUCUAGGUUCGGGUGACUCUUCCUUGUAUAGCAGCUCCUUAACCUUGAUUCAAACCAUUUUCCAGCAAACGAAGUACAAUGGAAGUGUUGAGGUAGUACAAGUGCUAAGUCAAAAAAUUCUUGAGCUCCUCAAAAAUUCCGCGGACUCACUUCUUAUAGACAAGGCUCUUUGUGCUUUAACAUAUGUUCUCGAACUACAAAACGCGGAUCAGUUGUAUACUGAAGGAAUUCUCAAAGUCGUAACAAGAUUUACAUCCCUUGAAGCUGAGGAUAUAAAGCUGAAUACCAUCGAAAAAUUAGCAGCAAAAUUAUCUCAACACAAUACCCUAGGAGGCGCAAGAUUAUUUCAAAUGGCUAUGAGCAUUCUUGACCUCUCUAAAUUCAUCUCUGCCACCUUCAUUUCAACCAUAGUCUUAGAGUGCAAUUUGUUUGCUGAGACCGAACUUAUCGAAGCUAAACUAAGUGCAAGUCUCGAUGGAUCCACAAUUCUGACCGAAGAUAUGAUCUUCUGUAUCCAUUUUCUUGGAUGCAUGUCUUCACACAACAAGGUGACUAGAUUUUCUUAUGAGGAUUUCUUUUCCAUUCUAGAGAACAACGCCACUGAAUCAAUUUGUAUGGCAUCGGCUCGAGCUCUUGGAUUGAGCAUUUUUUCAGAGUUUAACAUACGAUUACCGCUUUUAUUGCAAAAGUACGAAUAUUUGUGCUCAAUUAAUGAUUCGAAAAAAUCCCUUUUGCUCAUUUCUGUCAAACAAAUUUUGAAACAAGAUUCUGUGGCAAUAGAGGACUCUUCUCUCAGGCUCAUUUGGGAUACAAUAGUCAAAGCAUUAUCCAAUUCAAACUGUGAAAUGAACCACAAUGAUGUUGCUGGAAUCAAAUUGGCCGGUGAAAUCCUUGGAGUGGUUGCAGAGCUUGACAUACAAGAAGAUUACCAAAAGAAAUUGUUGCAAUGCUUUGAUUCUGAGGCCGUGAAGAGUGGGAAUAUAUUCAUUGUUUACGCAAUGGUUGUCGUCACCAAGGUUUUGCUAAGCGACUCAAAGACUACAUUCGACGAGAAAGUCAUUGAGCAAGUUAUGAGCAAUCUUUCAAAACCUAACUUGGACUUGAAACUGGCGAUUGUGAGUACGAUAUUCACUGGUGUGUAUAACAAGUCUAAAACCAUUGCCGGCAUUGCAAAUGAGAUGAUCCUUCCACCCAUUUUUGAUGAAUUAUCUGCAAAAGAGGAAUUCAAGAAGGUAAUACCUAUGGGACCAUACAAGUAUGUUGUUGACGAAGGGCUCGAAGUGCGUAAAUUGAGCUACGAAUUGAUCAAUGCCAUGAUCGGUUUGAGUGACUCCUCUACGAAAGACCUAUUAUUUGAAAUUGACAAAGUGAAGAUUUUAGAGAUGAUGCUGGCAAAGGGCCUCAAUGACUCUGAAAAUGAUAUUAUCAACUUGGCUGUGGGCAACCUAAUUGAAAUCAUUCAAAGCAACCCGGUAUAUUUGACCCAAAUUUCGAAUCUUCACGAUUUCAUCCAAUCUUUGAUGAAAAUACUGAGUCGAAAUCUACGUGCCAAAGCGACGACACAAGAGGCAGAAAGUCAUGGAGAUACCCUUCGGGCUAUUAUUAAACUAUCUAAAGUGGUAAACAAAGCACUUGUGAGCGACAGUGCCUUGACAAGCGAAUGGACAAAUUACUACAAUGAUCUCAAGACCCGUCAUCAACUCCUCUUCCAUGCAACAACUUAA